GUGCGCCUGAUUCAACUCGGCGUUGGGUCGAGCCGAUUUAUUCUCUCGUCGGAUUGAACCAGAUGGUCUCAAGUUCAACACCAAACAACCCCCGGCACGCCGGCACCCCUGCCCUAACCGCAGACUCUCUUUCUCCCCAGUGACUGCGGCGUAUCCUCGGUGCGCGGCGGCAGCUUCUUCCGCAGACUCUCUCUCUUUUUAUGCUCCUCCUCUUUCUCCUUCGCCGUCGCGCAGUCCCUUCUCCUCCCUCCUCCCUCCUCCUUCCUCCCUCUUCCUUGUUCAUAGCAGCCCCCGGCUCCCCGCCUCGUCACAGCCCGCCCUUUCUCGAUCCCUCUUCCCCGUUUCGUCGCAGAUCCUAGUUUCGCUCGGGCGAGCCUCGGGGAUUUGGCACGACUGGACUGAAGGAAGAGUAGGCAUCGCUGAUCUCUGCGGGCAAUGAUGGGAGAAGUCCUUCUUGGCUUGCCGGGGCCGUGGGCGGAGGAUUACUGCGAGAAGGCUGAUCAUUACACGACAAAGAUUGGGGGAUUGCCGGAUUGGCCCAUCCCAGAAGUGGAUAUUAGCCGUGAGCUUCUUCACUGUAGUCUAUGUGGAGGGAGGCUCUCACUUGUGGCACAGGUUUAUGCUCCUAUUUCGUUGCCAAAACUGAACAUAGAGGAUCGUGCAAUAUAUAUUCUCGGUUGCCUGGCCCUGAAUUGUGGUACUGACCCUCGAAGCUGGCGAGCUCUUCGAAUUCAGAAGUACCAUGAGGAGAUGAAACCGAGUCUUACUUCUUCAAAUGCUGUCUCAUUGGAAAAAGAAUCUGUUCCUGCUCCGAGAGUUAACAGCUGGUUGGAGGACAACAUGUUGGGUAAUGAGUCCAGCAAAGUCAACGACGAGAGUGACAGUGACACAGAAAUGGAGGACUUAGCACGGGCUCUUUCGGAAGCUGCUGCUCUAGCCUCGAGUUCGAAGAAACAAAAUGGCCACAAGAACACGGAUGCAUCUGCCAGAGGUACAGUAGCGAACCCUAGAGUGGAAGACACCGGUGUGCCAGUUCUCCCUUGUUUCUAUAUCUAUUCCCAAAAGGUCGAGUCCUCUGGUGAUAUGGAUGCUGUUUGUUCUGGUUACAUGUCACUUUCUCUCAAAAACCAUUGUGCUUCUCCUGAUACUGAGGAUGAAGAACAAUGGGAAAGAGAAACUUAUGAGUAUGAUAGAGCUUUAGGUGCCGAUAGAACUUAUUUGAAGUUCAAGAAACAGAUGGAUGCACACCCAGAGCAGUGCCUCAGGUAUUCCUAUGGUGGUAAUCCUCUUUUUGCUAAAACUAAGUUAGCGAAACCUGACAUUUGCAAGCGAUGUGGCUCGUCAUGCAUAUAUGAGAUGCAGUUGAUGUCCCCCCUAUUAUAUUUUCUGCAGCAAGCUGUUGAUGGUUCAUCAGCUUGUUCAGCAGAUGGCUGGAGUUGGAUAACUCUGAUUGUAUAUACCUGUUCCAGGAGUUGCUGUUCGUUCAAAGAGUCAACAGAGAGUUGCUGUUGGGAAGUUGCUGAGGAGGCUAUCAUCAUUCAGGAUGAUUAAAUUAUUAUUUCUGCGGUCCAAAAAUCAGACUGCAUAUCCAGUGUGCUUGUUUUUGUGAGGAAGUCAUUUUUUGAAAUUAUAACAGUGCACUACUUUGGCACUUUCUCGUCUCUUGCACAAUGCUUUCAGUACUAGUUGAUUUUGGUGGAAUGCUUUGUGUAAGGGCUUAUAUUUUUUGUAGUGGUAAUCCUUUGUAGUAAUAAAGUUCUUAUGUAAGAUCAA